CUUGGCUGCGCCACGUCGGCGCGCGGCGGCCGCGCCCCCUUAACGGCAGUGGCACUCGGUCGGCUUGCGCGGCCCCGGCGCCCCACGCGCGCGCGCGCGUCGCUCUCCCGCACGCUCUCUCCCCGGCACUCACACCCGCGCUCACUCGCGCACUCCCUCCCGGCCCGAGAACCGCGCCGCCGCCUCGGCCCCGCGGAAGCCCCGCCGCGCCAUGUCUUCGCCUCCCGAAGGGAAACUAGAGACUAAAGCUGGACACCUGCCCGCCGUGAAAGCUGGUGGAAUGCGAAUUGUGCAGAAACACCCACAUACUGGAGACACCAAAGAAGAGAAAGACAAGGAUGACCAGGAAUGGGAAAGCCCCAGUCCACCUAAACCCACUGUGUUCAUCUCUGGGGUCAUCGCCCGGGGUGACAAAGAUUUCCCCCCGGCGGCCGCGCAGGUGGCUCACCAGAAGCCGCAUGCCUCCAUGGACAAGCAUCCUUCCCCAAGAACCCAGCACAUCCAGCAGCCACGCAAGUGAGCCUGGAGCCCACCAGCCUCCCCCACGGCCCCGGCUCUGCUGCACUUGGUAUUUCCCCAACAAAGAGAACCAGCACUUUCUCCCAAAUCCUACUCUGCUGGGAAAUCUAAGGCAAAACCAAGUGCUCUGUCCUUCGCCUUACAUUUCCGUAUUUAAAACUAGAAACAGCUCCAGCCCAAACCUUGUUUAUGGGGAGUCCGGUUGGAUAUCAUUUGAGGAUCGUUGUGCCCCUAGAGGUGCCAUUAGCAGAAUUUGCCAAGAUCCGAGAAAAACUUUAGCUUUAGUUCUGUUUUAGCAGUCGCCUGACGUCCUUGUCUGUGGUCUUAAAAACAAGAAGGCACACAUUUGAGAGGAUGAGAUUAAGGUUAGGAGAAAAGCUUAGUCACUGCUUGCUUUUUAGUAUGGGACAACAAAAUCUUAACACCUGUGGGAGGGUAAGAAAUAAAGGAAUGAGUUUGGGCGGCCCCUCAGAAAGGCCCUUAGAGGCGGGGAACGGCAAUGCCGAAUUUCCCUCUCUUGUGAGAUGGGGGAUCCUGUGCAGGCUGAUGAGGCACCCAUGAGAAAAGCCAAAAAAGCAUGCAUCUUAGAAAUAGCCCCUCAAUUCCAGGAGUCAACAUGCCAAAGAAUGAGGCUGGAGGCACGUAGCUCCGAGGGAGGACUUCUGGUGCGAGAUCUCGGCGCGGCAAGCCCAGCAUCACCUUAGCCCAGACAGGCCCCACCAGGAGAUCAAGCAAGGGCUGCCUUUCAGGACUCACCUCCUGAGCCACUUCAGAGUUCUGGAAGUGACCACGGACGAGGGUGGAGGAAUAGACUUCUAGUUCAUUCUGGGACACUUGAGCCAGAGAGUUGAAAGCUUGGAAAGACCAGAUAAGAAACCCGCCCUUUGUCUCCCUAGAGACAUGAGACACCACAUUCCAUUUGUGCUAGAAAAACCAGUCCACUGAUGAGUCGAACUGUUCCAAACGCCUCCCACCCCGUGUGCACAGCUGCCUGGGUCCGUCGUCACUUGGGUGCGUCAGGUUGUCCUCCGAUUUUUAGAUGAAUUUCCUGUCUAGAGAUGUCCUAGUCUGCUCGCUGGCUGGUGGCAGUAGGGUACCCUGAACCUUCGAAAAGCCAGAGGGUUCGCCUAGUCAGACGAAACUCCAGAACAGUGCUUGUGGAGGGCCUGACUGUCCUGCUCACCCACUGCCGAUCUGCUGCAGGUCAGCAACUGUGCCAUGAGCAGCUGCCAACCACCAGCCUUUCUGGUGCUGUUCUCCAGUUCACAUCUGCCAGCUGGUGAGGGCACAGGCAGACCUGGUCAGACCCAGCGCCCUUCCUCCCUGAGGGAGCACAGCGCAGCCUCACGCUUGAAAGGUGGUGUUUGGUUUCCCAUCUAAUCAACUUAAGGGAAGCCGGCAUGUACCCUUCAAGGCCCUGUUACCACCUAUUUCCUGAUCAGUUGGUAUAAACUGAGGGUGGCUUUUAGAGACCCAGACUUGGUCAGCAGCGCUGCCAUGGAACACCCCAGCAAGCACCUCCCAGCGUGCCUUUCGGAGCAGCACCCAGAAGGGGAUGCCGUGCUCCAGCAACACCAGGUCAGGCCCGUGCAGACCCCUGCCCUGCCACUGCAGAAAUCCAGAAGCAUCCUUAAUGCUUCUCAGUCUUCAGCCGAAGGGAGGGCUGUUAUUUCCAGAGGUGCGCUUUUUAUGUACUUUUAGCUAGAUCUGGCAUGCAUCUGUGGGCUUUAGAUCAUUAAAUCCAAAAUGUUUGCCUAAAUGAGUUUAUCAGUUGUUAACUUCAAGAAUAUUAAUGAUUUAUAAUAAAGCUCCUGCAUUUCUCUCCA